CCGCUUUCAAGCAACGGACUUCACUCAGAUUAAUAAUUAUGCCCGGAUUUUUAUCUCUUUAUGAUAGCACUGUGUUGGUUCAUACAAACAUCAUGAUUACACUCCUUAUUUGAUGUUUGAGACAUCUAUCUCGAGCACGUAGACCGUCCGCUCAGGGAGAAAGCGAGACAAUGACGAAUCCGUCUUUUCUUCUGCGAAGAUGUAAUGCAGUCCCAUUCAUGCGCUUCUGUGUGGUGCUUCUUACCCUACCUCCAAGCCUGCUGGCGGGCAACGUCCUUAUAACGACAAGCCUUGGGGAAGGAUCGCAUUAUUUCGUCGGGAAGACGAUUGGAAAAUACCUUGUGAGACACGGUCAUAAUGUGACGGUUCUCGUCAGCGAAGCAUAUGCUCACCGGGCAGACAAUCCUGAAGACUCGGAGUUAAAUUUCAUUGUAUUCCAUCAAUCGACCGAGCAGAUUAAGUCUGUAAAAGAAAGACAUUUGGCCUUCUCAAAGAAUGCCCUUGAACCAAGUACCGCGACAUACAUCAUCAACCUCAUGCAAACCCAUCGCCAAGGUGCAGCGGACGAUUGCGAAGACCUCCUGGGAAACCCCGACGUCAUGCACCAACUCGAAGACGGCAAGUUCGAUGUGGUAGUCUAUGACAUGAUCUGGUUGUGCAGUCUGAUGGUGGCCAUGAAACUGAACACAACCGCAGUGUUGUCUUCCCCAAUGGCUGUGCCGACGAUGCUAUCCAUGUACGCACGAAAUCCAGUCAAUUUGGCCUACACUCCAGAUUGUAUGAAUGGCUAUACAAAUAAAAUGUCCUUUCUACAACGUGUAAACAACGUAGUGGCCAAUCAGGUAUUAUUCCAGAUAUUAGAGUACAUGCAUGGGCCUUUCAACACAGUCAGGGAACGCCAUCAGAUCAGGCAAGAUUUGCAAGGAUCUAUCUCGGACCUCAUCGGGACCUACACCGAUUUAUUCCUGGUCAAUAUGGAUUUUGCGGUGGAGUACCCGCUGCCGCUCAUCCCGAAUAUCAUCACCAUAGGAGGAAUCACUGCAAGACCGGCAGCACCAUUACCAGAUGACUUAGAGACACUCAUGCAGUCAUCUGGCGAUGGUGGCGUCAUCUUAUUCACACUCGGUACUUAUGUUACCCACAUCAGACAAGAAUUCCUUGAACCAUUUGCAGAGGUCUUUGGUCGGUAUCCGCAGCAGAAGGUUCUGUGGCAGUUCGUCGGUGAACCUAAGUUCAAGAUACCGCCAAAUGUAAAGAUGAUGCCAUGGCUGCCACAGAAUGAUAUUUUAGGUCACCCGAAGACACGUCUAUUCAUUUUCCAUGGCGGCAACAACGGGUUCUACGAGACCAUGUACCAUGGUGUCCCAGCUAUUCUGAUACCACUCACAGGGGAUGCCAUAGAUCAGGGGUCUCGACUGACGCAUCAGGGUUUCGGCAUAGUCCUUGACAAGACCAAUGUGACGGUUGAUGUACUAGACGAUGCAAUAAAAACGAUCUUCAACAACAAUAGUUACUCGGAGGUGGCAAAGCUACUGUCCGCUCGUCUGCAAAGUAGGUCGAUGCAUCCGGGUGAUCGCGCUGCAUUCUGGGUAAAUCACGUGAUGAAGCAUGGAGGCGGCUACAUGAGAAGCCCACUGAUUGGACUCAACUUUAUACAGCGUAAUAUGCUAGAUGUUUUGGCAUUUUUCCUAGCCUUGGUCUCAGUAAUACUAGUGGUUUCUUUCUAUAGCAUCCGGUGCACUCUAAGUUUCUGUAAACAGAAAUGUAUCUCUUCUUCUAAACAAAAACAUGAUUGAACAGAAUAAAUGAAUUUAAUAUUUUUUUAUUCUCAUUCUUCACAUUGACAAUUUCCAAAGACAUGUAUAUAUAUAUUGGUGAUUCUAUGAGAAUUAUAAUUAUGUGUGACAUGGUGAUUGAGCUAGGCAUGUAUCGUUGUGACAGGAGUGGAUUGGUAGAAUGAACACAGCUGGCGUGUGAAUCUCCAUUGGCCUUGACAAGCACACUACUACUACUUGAUUUUGAAAGGUUUAGGAAUUCUGUAAGAAUAAAAAGUAUCUUAAAAUUCCUUUAUUUGGGACGAGACACGUUUUAAAAGGAAGUGCCUGGAACUGGUUUUCAUGAUAUAGUUAUUCGGAUAAUGAUCAUGUACUGAUAAAUAAGAAUUACUCAUAUUUAGCAAGUGUUUGCUUUCCGAAUUUAAUUUGCAACCCUACAGAAACAUGAGAAAGGAAGACUUUAACAUGUUUAGAACGUGUUAGACAUUGUAUGGCUUUGUAUAUUCCGUGGUGCCUGAAACCAUUUUGAUAGUCGAAUAAGAUUCAAGUUUAGGUUAAUUGCCGAUUAAUAUUCUUCCUAUAUAAUCUCAAUAUAUUAUUUAUGAUCAAACAUUAAAGUCUCAUCUGAUUUUUUUAGGAAACCAAACUGUUUGGAAAUCGUAGCAAAUGCACAAUGCGGCGCUUUAUCUAGUGACAUGCAUAAAUGUAAGUGCUAUUCGCUUCUUUGCCUAAAAAAAAUAAUGAUAAUAAACGGUGCUCCUUGUUCAUAAAUAAAAGUAGCAUAGCUCAGCUUUGAUAGUUAUACAACAUGGCGAAAACAAUCUCGGAAAGUUUUUAUAUCCUGCGCUUUUGCAGCAAUAAAAUGACGGUUUAAUUUAUCAGCCUCGUCUAAACUUUAUUAAGUGGCAUGCAUGACCUUUUUUUGAAAUGUGGGUCGCGUCAGUUUGUUUUUCUCUCUCUCUUGUAAAAGAAAGUGAAAACAACCAUCAUUCAAUUAUUUGUUCUUAAUUAAACAUCGACAACUUUAACAUAUAAUCUCUGUAUGCUUUGCUGAACACAUUGGAAACUUUAUUAGAUCUUUGGAUCAUUAGUAACACUAAAUGUAUACGUGACGAUAGAGUGCAAAGUUCCGUGCUAAUGAUGUACCUUGGGGUAUAAAUAAUAAUUAAAAAAUAUCUAAGUUGUACCAAUUACAAAAGUAUAGAUUGAACUCGGGCGAGCCAACUAUCGAUAAAGCCAGGAAAUAUUAUUGUCAGUGUUGUGCUUGUUUGAUUUUUCCUCAUUUAUUCAGGCUUUAUGUUGGGGUGGACUUGUCGUCUAAGCCCCCAUAAUCCCUUUUCAGUAUCAAUGUUGUUUGCCCCCCCC